CUGAGCGUCCUGCACGCCCUGCUCUACGCCGCGCUCUUCGCCUUUGCCUACCUGCAGCUGUGGCGGCUGCUGCUGUACCGCGAGCGGCGGCUGAGUUACCAGAGCCUCUGCCUCUUCCUGUGCCUGCUGUGGGCGGCGCUCAGGACCACCCUGUUCUCCGCCGCCUUCUCGCUCAGCGGCUCGCUGCCCCUGCUCCGGCCGCCAGCUCACCUGCACUUCUUCCCGCACUGGCUGCUCUACUGCUUCCCCUCCUGCCUCCAGUUCUCCACGCUCUGUCUGCUCAACCUCUACCUGGCGGAGGUUAUAUGUAAAGUCAGAUGUGCCACUGAACUUGACAAACACAAAAUUCUACUACAUUUGGGCUUUAUACUGGCAAGCCUUCUCUUCUUAGUGGUGAACUUGACUUGUGCAAUGCUAGUCCACGGAGAUGUUCCAGAAAAUCAAUUGAAAUGGACUGUGUUUAUUCGAGCAUUAAUUAAUGACAGCUUGUUUAUUCUUUGUGCCAUCUCUUUAGUUAGUUACAUAUGCAAAAUCACAAAAAUGUCAUCAGCAAAUGUCUACCUCGAAUCAAAGGGUAUGUCUCUGUGCCAGACUGUCGUCGUAGGCUCUGUAGUCAUUCUUCUCUACUCUUCCAGAGCUUGCUAUAAUUUGGUGGUGAUUACCAUAUCUCAGAAUACAUUAGAAAGUCCGUUCAAUUACGGAUGGGAUAAUCUUUCAGAUAAGGCUCAUGUAGAAGACGUAAGUGGAGAAGACUACAUAGUAUUUGGAAUGGUCCUCUUUCUGUGGGAACAUGUACCAGCAUGGUCAGUGGUACUGUUUUUCCGGGCGCAGAGAUUAAACCAGAAUUUGGCACCUGCUGGCAUGAUAAAUAGUCACAGUUACAGUUCCAGAGCUUACUUUUUCGACAAUCCAAGACGAUAUGAUAGCGAUGACGACUUGGCGAGACUGGGAAGUUCAAGAGAAGGAAGUUUACCUAAUUCGCAAAGCUUGGGCUGGUACGGCACCAUGACGGGGUGUGGCGGUGACGCAUACACAGUCGCUCCCCACCUGAAUGGACCCAUGGCAGACACUGCUCCUUUGCUUUUUACUUGUAGCAACCUAGAUAUGAACAAUCACCAUCGCUUAUAUGUGACGCCACAAAACUGAUAGCAUUGCCAAGCCGUGCAUCUUGAAGUGUUUUCCAUGAAUGUGUAUAGCCAGUGUGUUUAAAUUUCAUCCACAUAAACAUUGCAACUGAGAACAAAAUCUGGGAAGGUGGCUGUGUGAUGGAGAACACAGCUGUUUCUUUUGACCUCUGCAUAAUUAAGCAAAAUGGGAAGUUUGGAAUAAGAGAAAAGAAGGAUUAGAUCUUAAGGCACUUGAUUUUCUCCAAACAUCCUGACUUUGGAACGUCAAAUGCGUACUUGCAUAUUUGCACUUUUAUCUUUGUUUGAAAGAGUACACUGCAGCCCCCAAAGUCAUACUCCAGUGUUCACACUGGAAUAUUAUUGUACACCAAAUUGGAAGGCAUUUUUUUCUACGAAAAUCAAAGCCGAUAAUUUCAUUGGUGUACUGCGUCUGGAAUCCUUCCCCAGUUAUAGAGUAUGAGUGCCCAGUUAAAGCAUAGAAACAUCAUCUUCCUCAAACAGCUACUAAUGGGGCUGGGGAUUUAGCUCAGCGGCAAAGCGCCUGCCUGGCAAGCGCAAGGUCGUGAGUUCGGUUCCCAGUACCGGAGAAAAAAAAAAAAAACCUACUAAAAUGUGUAAUUACUGAAGACAGUUCUUUGAAGCAUGGAUUUAAAAUACUAAUUGAAAGUAUUCCAACAAUCAUUUUAAAUAACUGAUCACAGUAAUCCUUUACAGUGAUGAGCAGCAGUGUUCUUUGGAAAGCCACAGUAAUUUCUUCAAAAGGAAAAUAAUAGCAGUGAAAAUUGCGGCGACUUUGAGUAGAACUGGUCAAGUGAUUAUUUUGUAUGAUUAAAAUAUAUAGUAUAUAGUAGUUUAAGCAUGAUUACUCAAGAAAGCAAUAGUGAUUUUUACAUAGGGAGAUUUUGGUAGAUACUUCUUGGGACUAAACAAGUUUACAGAUGCAUUUAAGAAUUUUCAUGAAAUGUAGGAUUCUAAGUUAAAACAAGAAUACAUUUUCAAAAGCAUUGGAUUUAUCUGAAACAAGAUAUAACUGAUCUUACCUAUUUAAAUCAGGAUUGUCCUCAGGUAAAUUAAGUCAUGGUACGUUAUUGUAGUGAACUGAAGUGCAAUAUUUUGUAAGACACAUAAUUCCUUCUUUAGUUUUCAGUUCUAUACUUUGAAUUUCGGCAAAGCCAAAUUAAACCAAAAUCAAAUUAAUUCCAGCAUUUGACUAAAUGAGCAAAUUUUAAAAUGUACAAAGUUGUUAAGUAUAAAACCAGAAAUGAACAGUAAUGGAACUUUUAGAAAUACAUUAAAACUGUCUUCAAGUUCCUACCCUGUCAUUCAUAUAUAUCCAUAUAUACAUGUAUAUGUUAGGCUAAGACAAAAUGGAAUUUUAAAAUGCACUUUGUACCAACGUCUAUACGGAAAGUAGAUGCUGAAUACCUCAAGAUGCCAAGGGAAGAGGCAACAUUUAAAGUUAUCACUCCAUGCUUAAAGAUAAUCUUAAAAAAUUCCCUGCUGAUCUGUUUCUUCAAAACUAGAACUAAUACAAUUAUCCUGUCUUCUACUUUGGUUACAAAGUUGUUUUAUUUCUUUUUACUAAUCGUAUCUUUCAGCUUUUUAAUAAGUAAUACAGUGACAUCACAAAAGUUUAAGAGUAGGUGAAAUGAAAUUGUUAAUGCUUUCUACCUUUCUGGAUGGUUGAUACAAAAUAAAUUUCUUCUUUUAUGAAACAAAGGACUUUAAAUUCAAUCAGAAGCGUUCUAAUAGUUAUAAAUGUUAUCUGGCAUUUGUUAAUAAAAAGUUCUCAUAACCAAAUUACUUAAAAUUUUAUAGUACAAGAGUUAACCGUGAUAUUGAUAACAGUAUUUUUUACUAAUGUUUUUUUCAGUUAUUAAUUUCUUUUAGAAUACAGCCAUUUAUUUUGCUGAUGAUGCUAGAUAUCAAUCUAGACAUAUCUGAAAGAUCUGUAUUUUCUUUGUUAAUCCGUGGGUUCAAGAUAAAUUGUUUUCUAGUAAAACCUCCCUUGAUGAAGUUCCUAUUUGUCUAAAGAUGACUUUAAAACGUUGUUUUUCAUAUAAAACAACUUAGUCCUUUCAGCUGUAUUAGCUGACUGUACUAAAUCUGAGAUUUGUGAAUUUAUCAAUGACUAGGGUCCCUAAAUUCUUGCAUUUGUCUCCUUAUAUACAUCUCACACAAUAGAUCACCAAAGAAGAGAAAGAGAAACUCUGGCCCAAUUUUUGCUUAAAAAUUCCAAAGCACUAGGAGCACUUUAUGUUUGGUCGCAAAAGAAGUUGUUUAUAAAAUCAAAGGGCUACCAAUUCCCUGUUCAUCCUGCACUGAAGCACAUGACAAUUUCAAACCUUCCUUCGUGUUCCUUAAUUUAUAAAGUGGAUCUCAUUGCUUAAGUGUGUAUUUCUACAGUGACAAGCAAUAUUUGUUUUUAUCACUUCGGUUAGUUGGCCAUUAACUUUGAAACUCUUUACCACUCAUUAUAGCUCGCUGUAGUUUCAUGGAAGAUGUAAUUUAUAGCUCUAGUGGGUUUUUUAUGCAUAGCUGCCUUUUUAUUGUUUAACAGUGUUUCUCAGCUAUAUAACCAGUUCCCAACUGGUUGUGAAAGUAUAGCUGAGGCCAAUGAAUGUAUUUAUUUGUUGUUUCACUCAAUUGUAACAAAACACUACUGU